AUGUACGAUAAAACUUUGUGUCGCUUAUGUGUAUCCUCGCGAUCGGAAUACAAAAGCCUGUAUGACGACAAUGGUCAGGGCAAUGAAGUCUAUGAAAUUACACUAAAGUAUUUCGACCCAAUAUUGCUAAGCCCGGCUAAUGAACAGGAUUCAAAAGUUAUAUGCAUGGAAUGUUGGUGUCACAUCAGUGAAUUCUAUGGUUUCCAACAGUCUGUACUUCAGGCUCAAGCAAUACUGCAGGCACAGUUGGAGAACGAUGUUAAAGAGCAUUUACCAGAGGUCAAGUUAGAAGAGGAAUUGCUGCAGGAUCGAGAUGAAGCUGCACCGAUUGUCGAUAAUGGCAAUGAUAGCCUUAAGGAUGAAAAAAACAACGUUGUCACAGAUGAAUUUGAAAACGAAUAUGAUGAUUGUGGCUUUGGAGAUGAUAAUCCAUUUUCAAGUGAUGAGGAUGAAAAACCACUUAUCGAACAUAUUAAUAGAAUCAACAAAAGAAAAAACAUGGCAAAUAAGUUAAACGAAGAAAAUACUGAGAUAUAUGACACAGAAAGAGUGGCUGGUAAAAGGCAAAGAAAACCUCGAGGCCCUAACAAAAAACAAAAGGACACAACGACGUCUACAACAACAAAUGGAACAAAGACAAAUCGGAAAGGAAGGCCAAGGAAGUUGCAACAUCUUGAUAAUCUAGAAGAAAAACCAGAACCCUUAGAUCCCGAUGCAUCCGCCAAUGAAAUGGAGGAUGAAACAUUUGAUGACGGUUCUAAUGGCGACAAAAAGUCGGUUAAAGACAAAACUAAGGAAUGUGAUGAGUUCAUUGCACAAUGGAAACAGGAAUUGGAAUGUGUAUGCUGUCCAGCAACGGUCUCAAAUUUCACAUUGCUACGCAAACAUUUUCGUCAAAUGCAUCCAACAGAAAAAUGCUAUGUUAUAUGUUGUCAGCGAAAAUUCUAUCAUCGUUUUCACAUUGUGGAACAUAUACGCCUGCAUAUUGAUCCGAAUGCCUUUAGAUGUGACGAAUGCGGUCGAUGUAGUACCAACAGUCGUAACUUGGCGAAACAUAAACGGGAAAUGCAUACGGAAGAGGGCAAACAGAGGCCAUUUGAAUGUGAUGUGUGUCAUAAAAAGUUCGCAAACAAAACCAUCCUGCGAACACACAUGGAAGUCCACGAAGCUGGUCGUGAUUAUGUUUGCAGCGAAUGUGGCAAAGGCUUUCCAUCGGAAAAUCGACGAAAAAUACACGAACGUAUGGUACAUCAAGCCGAUCGUGUUUGUGAUCAAUGCGGCAAGACCAUACAUGGCAUUUAUGCCCUCAAAUUGCAUUUGAUGGAACAUGCUGGCUAUAAGAAACCCAAAUGGCCCUGUGAUGAAUGCAACGCCCAACUCAAUUCCCAUUCAAGUCUGAAAAGACACAAGCUAAUCGCACAUCACGAUGGCAGUACGGUCUAUAUAUGUAGUGAAUGUGGAAAAGUUUUUACAUCGGAGAACGCUCUGCGUAGUCACAAAAGAAUUGUUCACUUAAUAGAGCGUAAAUUCAAGUGUAACAUAUGUGAGAAGGCCUUUAAGUUUCCGAAAAUUUUACGCGAACAUAUGGCCUCACAUACCGGUGAAGAUCUCUAUCAGUGUCCACAUUGUCCGAAAACGUUUAAAGUUAGCGCCAACAUGCAUCAUCAUCGAAAAAAAGUUCAUCCGAAAGAAUGGGCAGAAGCUAGAAUAAAUAAACCGGUAACGAAGAAAGUAGAUAUAGCUUUGGUAUCCAAUGAAAUUAUUAUGUAA